GCGAGGAACAACACACAGACCCUCGAGCAAACAGGAUAAAUGGGCCUCUUAUCUCGCGCCCCCGCCCUACCCGAGCGGUCACGUGGACGGCGGAGGACCGCUCAUUUCCCAAAGGUGUCCGCCCCGCGCGCUGGAAAAGUCGUCGCGGAUCUGGGAGAGGAGUUCUGGAGCGCAGCGUGGCCUCAGAUCCCCUCCCGAGGAGAGCGCCGUCCACAGAUGGCUGAAAGCCACGACACAGCUGUGUACCUCCGAGGCUACCGUCAAGAGAAUGUCCCAGAAGUCCUGGAUAGAAAGCACUUUCACCAAGAGGGAAUGUGUGUACUUCGUGCCAGUUUCCAAGGAGCUCCACAGAUGUGUACCAGGAUGUCAGAUAUGUCAGAAGCUUCUGCGGUGCCACUGCGGUCACCUGGCUCGGCAGCAUGGUGGGAUCGGUGUUGGCCAGGGUGCCCAACUCUUGGACAGGAGCCAGGGUGAAGGAGAGAUCUCAGAGCCAGAGGAAUGGUCAGUGGAGAAGAACACAGUGGAGCAGCCAACCGAUGCAUAUGGCGUGCUCAACUUCCAGGGGGGGUCCCAUUCCUAUAGGGCUAAGUAUGUGCGUCUAUCUCACACAUCCCAGCCAGAGCUGGUGCUCCAGCUCCUGCUCAGAGAGUGGCAGAUGGAGCUGCCGAAGAUGGUCAUUUCCGUCCAUGGUGGGGUCCAGAACUUCAGGCUUCAUCCCCGCAUCAAGCAGGUGGUGGGCAAAGGCCUGGUCCGGGCUGCAGCCUCUACUGGGGCCUGGAUCCUGACCGAUGGGCUGAACACAGGUGUUGCGAAACACGUUGGUGAUACCCUCAAAGAGCACUCGUCCCAGUCAUCCCGGAAGCUUUGCACCAUUGGGAUCGCACCUUGGGGGGUCAUUGAAAACCGGGAGGACCUCAUCGGGCGAGAUGUGGUUGCGCCAUACCAGACGCUGCUGGCCCCUUUGAGCAAGCUGGACGUACUCAACAGCAUGCACUCCCACUUCUUGCUGGUGGAUGACGGCACGGUGGGUCGGCACGGUGCCGAAGUCUCGCUGCGCAGGGAGCUUGAGAGACAUGUCAACUUGCAGAGGAUCCAUGCCAGAAUUGGCCAGGGAGUGCCUGUGGUCGCACUGAUUCUGGAGGGGGGGCCCAAUGUGAUUCUUACAAUGCUGGAAUACCUGCAGGAGAGCCCCCCGGUGCCAGUGGUGGUGUGCGAAGGCACAGGCCGAGCUGCCGACAUCCUGGCUCAUGUCUACAAGCAGACUGAGGAGGGAGGACAUCUCCCUGACGGUGUUGAAACAGAGGUCAUUGCCACCAUUAAAAAGACCUUUAGCCUCAGUCGCAGUGAUGCAGCCCACCUCUUCCAAACACUCAUUGAGUGCAUGAAAUACAAGGAUGUGAUAUCUGUGUUCUCUGUGGAAUCUGAGGAGAAUCAGGACAUUGAUGUGGCCAUCCUAAGGGCAUGGUUGAAAGGGACCAACACUUCUCUGUUUGACCAGCUGGCUCUCACUCUGGCCUGGAACCGGGCUGAUAUUGCCAAGAACCACGUGUUUGGAUCUGGGCAGCGGUUGCUGGUGAGCUCUCUGGAGCAGGUGUUACUAGACGCCCUGGCGAUGGACCGAGUUGAGUUUGUGAAGCUGCUGGUUGAAAAUGGGGUCAGCAUGCACCGCUUCCUCACAGUUGCACGCUUGGAGGAACUCUAUAACACGAAACAGCCUGCUGCCAGCAACACUCUCUUCCACCUUGUGAGGGAUGUUAAAAAGCGCAGACUUUCACUCAAUUACAAAAUAACCUUGAUUGAUGUGGGCCUUGUUAUCGAGCACCUCAUGGGCGGCACUUUCCGAUGCACCUACACCAGGAAGUGGUUCCGAGUACUUUAUAAUGAUCUCCAGGGAAACGGUCGGCGAACUAGUCGGAAUUCAUUCAGAGUUCGAUCUCAGCGAAGAGAGAUCCAGGAGACCUUCUGCGUCCAGGCAGAAAGGAAGAAGAGGUCAAGGCACAAUCAAUUCAUCAAAACAGCACAACCUUACAAACGCAAGGAUGGUGAGUGUGCUGAGCAAUUUGAAAGGAAGGGCCGUGUGGCACCAGUGGGCAGCACUGAUACGGAGAAAGGCCGGUUCCGCUACCCAUUCAGUGAGCUGCUGGUGUGGGCAGUGCUAAUGAAGAGGCAAAAGAUGUCGCUUUUCCUCUGGCAAUAUGGCGAAGAGGCUAUGGCCAAGGCGCUGGUGGCCUGCAAACUGUGCCGUGCCAUGGCUGUUGCUGCCAAAACCAGUACCGUGGUGGACGACACUGCCGAUGAGCUCAAAGAGUGCUCCAACGAGUUUGGUAUGCUUGCUGUGGACCUGCUGGAGCAGGCCUACAGGGAGGAUGAGACCAUGGCCAUGAAGCUGCUUACCUACGAGCUGAAGAACUGGAGUAGCUCCACCUGCCUAAAACUGGCAGUGUCCUCCCGUCUCCGGCCCCUGGUGGCCCAUACCUGUACGCAGAUGCUGCUAUCUGACAUGUGGAUGGGGCAGCUCAACAUGAGGAAGAACUCUUGGUACAAGGUUAUUCUGAGUAUCUUGAUACCCCCAGCAAUUCUUUUUCUGGAAUUCAAGAGCAAGGCAGAGAUGGCCCACAUUCCCCAGACAGCAACAGACCAUCAGAUGUUUAUGGAGGACAGUGAACACAAGGUCUUAAACCCACUGGACCACAUAGAAAUGGAUGUUUUCAAGGAGGCCGGGCUAGCUUAUGCAGUCAAGGCAGAACAUGAACCAGAGAUUCAUAUUCGACCAAAGAGGCUUCCAGUUACAAGGAAGUUCUACGCAUUUUACCAUGCUCCUAUUGUGAAGUUUUGGUUCAACACGAUGGCAUACCUAGGUUUUCUGAUGCUCUACUCCUACGUGGUGCUAGUGAAUGUGACCCCUCUGGGAACACCCCAGGAAUGGAUUGUCGUCCUCUACAUCUCCACCUCUGCGGUUGAAAAAAUUCGAGUGAUGCUUUUGUCUGAAGCUGGGAAGAUUAGUCAGAAGGUCAAAGUGUGGUUCAGUGACUACUUCAAUAUUACAGACAGUCUUGCCAUUGUCACGUUCUUUGUCGGCUUUGGAUUGCGCUGUGGCCCUGAUGCAAAUGGACAUUUUGCUGGAAGACUGCUGUAUUGCCUCAAUAUCGUGUUUUGGUAUGUGAGGCUGCUGGACAUUCUGGCUGUUAACCAAAAAGCUGGACCUUAUGUCAUGAUGAUUGCAAAAAUGGUGGCCAACAUGUUCUACAUAGUGGUGAUAAUGGGUUUAGUCCUUGUAAGCUUCGGCGUUCCCAGGCUAGCCAUCCUUUACCCGGAGAAGGAGCCCUCUUGGACACUUCUCAGGGAUGUUGUCUUCCAGCCUUAUUGGAUGAUGUAUGGAGAAGUGUAUGCAUAUGAAAUUGAUGUGUGUGCCCACGACAGCGUCGUACAGGAGCUGUGCCAUGAUGGCAGCUGGUUGACGCCAUUCCUGCAAGCAGUCUACCUCUUUGUCCAGUACAUCAUCAUGGUCAAUCUGCUCAUUGCUGUCUUCAACAAUGUCUAUGUGAACGUGGAGUCCAUGUCGAACCUGGUGUGGAAGUACCAGCGCUACCACUUCGUCAUGGCCUACCACGAGAAGCCAGUCCUGCCUCCUCCGCUCAUCUCCUUCAACCACCUCAUCUCCCUCUGCUGCUAUUGGCCAAGGAGGCGCAAGGGCAAACAGGCACAUGGGCCAAAGCUUUUUCUGAGCGAUGAAGACCAGCGAAAACUUCACGACUUUGAGGAGAGGUGUGUGCAGACGUAUUUUCGGGACAAAGAUGAGCAGUUCCACUCCAGCAAUGAGCAGAGGAUCAAGGUUACUUCCCAGAGGGUGGAAAGCAUGUGUGUGCAGCUCAAGGAUGUUGGCAGCAGGGUGGGCUUUGUGAAGCGGACUCUCCAGGCACUGGACGUUCAGAUUGGCCACCUGCAGGACCUGUCAGCGCUCACAGUGGACACGGUGAAGGCCCUGGCUGCUCAGCAGGCCUCGGGGGAUGGCCAUGUGCACCAACAGCUGGCCCUCCACCUCAGCAAUGCCAAACGGCCAGAUGUCGAGCCCGGUUCUGACUGGCGUUCCAGAGGGCCGAGCCUGGGGGCUCCUCUCCAGCAUAGUUGCGCUCUGAGCUCUCAGAUCAUUCAGGUUGAUGACCCAAGCUCCGUUUCGAAUCCCGAAGAGAGAACAGUUGUCGCUUCAGAGCCUGGCACCACAUGGACUGUAUCUUCCACUGGACUUCGUUGGAGAGGCCAGACCUCCCAUGGAAACGCUGACCACGCAGGCAGCCUGCCCAGAGUGUACCCACCGCCCGAGAGAUUUCAUACCCCUUCUCAGCUCUCUCCAGAGCAGGACAUUCAGCCACAGAGUCCUGGGGCCGAAUUAAGGACAUUUGCUGCUGUGGAGCGUAAUAAUCUGCUGCGACUGUCACAGAGCAUCCCGUUCACUCCAGUGGCCCCAAGAGGAGAUCUAGUCACAGUGUACCGGCUGGAGGAAAGCUCUCCUGGGACCCUCAGCCACAGCAUGUCAUCUUGGGCGCAGCAAGGCUGCUCGGCCCGACUCGAGUUCCUAAGCAAGGAGGAGAUGGGCGGCAGCCUGCGGCGAGCGGUGAAGGCACUCUGCACUUGGUCUGAGAGCCUGGUCCUCACCCCAGGCCGCCUCUAUAUUGUCAAGUCCUUCCAGCCGGAGGUGGUGGAGUUGUGGCGGGAGGUCUACCAGCAGGAAACGGUACUGCGCCUGUGUCUCAUGGAAAUUCAACGGCAAAGAGCCGCUCAGAAACUGGCUUCUUCCUUUCACAAAGUGAAGCCCAAAUCUGUCCCGCAUUCUCCCAGGUUCCUGGAGGUGCUUCUGUUGUACAGUCAUGCUGCAGAAGAAUGGUUCACCCUGGAGGAGUGCAUUGUGGGGGAGUUCAGGAAGUUCAACAACAACAACGGAGACGAGAUCGUACCCAGCAGCCUGCUGGAGGAGAGCAUGCUGGCCUUCAGCCACUGGUCCUACGAGUACACCAGAGGAGAGCUUCUGGUGCUCGAUCUGCAGGGUGUUGGAGAAACUUUAACAGAUCCUUCUGUUAUAAAAAGUGGUGAAAAGGGGUCCUCUGACCUAGUGUUUGGACCAGCAAACCUGGGAGAUAAAGCCAUGAGAAGCUACAGAGCCAAACAUCACUGCAGUUCCUGCUGCCGAGAACUCGGACUUGCCGAUAUAAAGCGCAAUAGCUAUACACCUCACAGGGUGGAAAUGGGCCAAGACAGGCAGCCAGGGGGUCUCAAGAGGGUCAACGAUCCCAAAGAGCGAAUCCUUGGUUCAAGCCAAGAGACAGGAGCGCUGGGCUGAACUGCAGUAACCGCUCAGACUUUGGUCGGGAAAAUCGCCCCUCAGUGUUACCGUCAAAAGUGUCAGAACUGCUCUUUAUGCACAUAAGUUUACAAUUUUACUGGAACAAAAUCCAGUUUUUAGCCAAAUGAAUGUUGUUCAGGUUUUGUAUGGGGCCAUUUUAACCAUUGUAACGGAUGGAAUUGUCCUGCACUAACUAAAUGGAUGUCAGUUACAAUUCUAUAAUAAAUUUAUUUAAAGUAUAAUGUAUACAUUUUGUACUUUAUUAA